GGUGGAGCCCCAGGCUCCAAGCCGGGCGGAUCCUGUGGCCCGGGAGAGACUGAAGACACUCGUACAAGCAAGGCAGGUAACGUGGUAACGCGGUCCGGGCUCCACAAGUCCCACAGCUUCCUCAGCCCCCAGAUCGAGACGAUCGAGUGCAAGAGCUCAAUAGACAGGAAGCAGUUUUGGGGAUACCAUGAAGCUACUUCAAGUCUUGGAACCUGGAGACUUCCCACAGAAGGCAACAUGGUACUCCUUGGCUCCCCCUGGACAUGGCCCCUGUGCCCGAGUUGGCCAUAACUGUCUCUACCUUCCCCCUGGUCAAGAUACAAAUGAAGGAAAAGUCUUCGUAGUUGGCGGCGCCAAUCCUAAUGGCAGCUUCUCAGAUGUGUACUGCAUUGAUCUGGCUACCCAUCAGUGGGAUGAAGUAGACUGUGAAGGUCUAUUGGCCCGUUAUGAGCAUGCCAGCUUCCUUCCUCUCAGCACCCCUGGCAGGAUCUGGGUUUUUGGAGGAGCAGACCAGUCAGGGAACCGAAAUUGCUUACAAGUGUUGGAUCUUGAAACCAGGAUAUGGAGCACUCCUAAUGUGACUGGCUCACCUCCGUCUCCGCGAACAUUUCACACAGCAUCUGCGGCCAUCGGAAACCAGCUAUAUGUUUUUGGUGGUGGGGAAAAAGGCGCCAAGCCUGUUCAGGACACACAGCUCCACGUAUUUGACGCAACAACACUGACUUGGUCACAGCCAGAAACCUGUGGGGAACCACCCCCACCCCGUCAUGGCCAUGUGAUGGUGGCAUUGGGGCCAAAACUUUUUGUCCAUGGUGGCUUGGCAGGGGAUGAAUUCUAUGAUGAUCUGUACUGCAUAGACACAAAUGACAUGAAAUGGGAGAAGUUAGAAACCACAGGGGAUGUCCCAUCAGGCUGUGCCGCCCAUUCUGCAGUGGCCAUGGGGAAGUACAUAUACAUCUUUGGAGGAAUGGCUCCCACAGGGGCAUUGGCGAAAAUGUACCAAUAUCACAUAGAAAAACAACACUGGAGCCUACUUAAGUUUGAUACAUAUUCACCCCCUGGACGAUUGGAUCAUUCAAUGUGCAUCAUUCCUUGGCACAUGGCUCCUACCUCUGCAGAAGAACAUAGAAAUGUAGACAGCAUCAGGAGCAAUGUAGAGAAAGAAGGCUCAGCUGAUGAAAUUGAGAAAGAAGGUGUUGACUUAGAUCAGAAGGAGACAGACACAUUCCUAUGCUUAGUGUUUGGUGGGAUGAACACUGAAGGGGAAAUCUACAGUGACUGUGUUGUAACACUAGUUGACUAAUAAAAUUCAUGUGUUUUCUUAAUACCUUUCAAAUUUUCUAUUUUAAGGGGCAGCUAGGUGGUGCAGUAGAUAGAGCACCAUCCCUGGAGUCAGGAGUACCUGAGUUCAAAUCCAGCCUCAGACACUUAACACUUACUAGCUGUGUGACCCUGGGCAAGUCACUUAACCCCAAUUGCCUCACCAAAAAAAAAAAAAAAAGUGAAUCAAAUUUUCUAUUUUAAGAAGUUAGAAGUGAACAACUAUUAGGGGUAGAUAGAACUGUGACAUUAAUUUUAUGCUAGUUUUAGUGUUUUGUGCUGUACAAUGUUUCCAUAUUGGCACAGUCAAAUAGACCAGAUAAAAUUUUUUUAUAAAAGUCAAAAACUUUAAGAAUCAUAGAAUGUGGGGCAGCUAGGUGGCACAGUGGAUAGAGCACCGGCCCUGGAGUCAGGAGGACCUGAGUUCAAACUC